GUUGAAUAACUCCUGUGUUGCGUACUUGGAGAAACGUUACGUUUCUUAUAAAUUAAAAAGCUGAAGGCUUUGCUUCGUCACGUGACGGAGCACUGACCAAUCGGAAGAGUGCUGACGUUACUGGAAAAUGUCCUUUGUGUUGCGUUCAUCUUAGUUAUUAUUGACAGUAGUGGCAAAAGAGUUUCAGGACCAGGGAAGAAAUGGAUGCUGGAAGUUUUUUUUUUUACGCGAAAUUCCUCUAUGAUAUAGUGGAAUGUAUCUUUUGAGGAGAGAUUUGGAUUCUUUGAUGUGGUUCCAGGUUGUGGGCAAGGAGCAGCGCGAGGGCGGUCAUGUGACUCCCCUCCCCCACUCAGACCCAAUGAAUGAGGGAAGAAGAAGACGGACAUGUUGGUGGGAAAUGAGUUGAAAAAAAGAAGUGUGGCCGAAGAAAAGAAGAACAAGUAAUUUUACCUGCAUUCGGAUUUAAAUUAGGACUUUUCACAUCGAAAUAUUCUUACUUUUUUGGAGUUUCUAUCUUAGUGAUGGACAUUGUUUGUUUAAUUUCCUCAAAUAAUCUUAACUAGCUAGCUAUCUGGCUAGUUUGAGAAUUUGGGGUUUUGAAAAAGCGGGUUAUUUGCCUUGGAGCGAAUACUAUGAUCUUAAUUUGUUUUUGUUUAAAUGUGUAGUCCGAACUCUGUGACGAUUGAGGACGCGCAGACUUGCUAGUGGGGGAUGGGUGGCCGUGUGUGUUAUCGGAUGUUUUUCAAACUUCUGGCAAAUAAUUCUCGUUUUUGUCGCAAGGUUUUCUAUUUCUCGUCAGAAAUUAGUCAGAUAUGUGGGUAUUUGUUAAUAUCUAUGGGGAAUCCGUUAAUUCUUUUUUUUACCGAGAAGUUAAAAAUUGUUUGGAUUAUUUAAUCCAUGGUAUGAAUUGUCCUUUAGAAACACAAUUUUAUUGUCUAGGGGGGGUUUUACUGCGUUUUGUGCAGUUUUAACUAAAGAUAUUUUAAGAUAAGUAUGUAUGUGGCUUUUCUGUAGUAGUGGACUAUCCUAGGCUAGGUCAAUUGUUGCCUGAAUAUGAUGGAUAAGUAUUGUAGUGUUAUUUUUUCCUUGGAUUUUGGCGUGAUUUUGUAAACGUUGAGUUUUCAGUAUCCUAAGUUUUAAGCGAAGUGCGUGGCCUUCACCGUUCAAAAGUGCUGUGUCAUUCCAGCGUGUAUGGUAUGGCUCGAUAGGGCGGCUUUCAGUCCUCCCGUUUUGAAUUCGUCAAAUUCGAUAUUAAGACGUGUAACCAGUAGUAAAUAAACCGUUUUCAAGGUUUAACGAAGUUUAAAGCAUUUAUCUGAAUAACGAUUUAAGUUACGGAACCCAGCUAGGCCUCAAUACCGGCAGCAUUCCACCCACAGUCAGUGGCUGAGCGUUUCCUCAAGUUCUGAUCCAGGCUUUGUUUAAAUAUGCUGUUAAGUAGUAAGUGGCGGUACCCAAGUGCGGAUUUUCUGUAUACAGUUGUGUGUUAUGCUUAGUUGGUAUGAUAAUUUCGAUUAUAUUUUCUGAAUACUUAAUUUCUGAAAUAUUGAAAAAUCCAGGACCUUGCGGCCGUAGUAGUGACGUUUAGUGUUGAGUAGGCCCGGUUUAGUCUAGAAAGGUGGGGGUUCGUUCGAGAGUACAGACUCGCCGUCUUCAGAAUUAUCGUUUUUAAAUGCUAAAUGUAUAUUUAGCGAGUGCUAUCGUUGUGCUUUAACGACGAAAUCUUAAGUUUUAAUGCAAAUAUGGGAGACGACUUGAGUCGCUAAAACUCAGAAACCCGAAGAGACUUCGAAAACGGAGCAUACGUCUAGUACGCGUGAGUGGUUUCGCCAGCCAAUCGUGAACCUGCAAGUUUCUACUUGUGCUCGCGCCCGAUAUUAAAUGGCCAAUCAUCAUCAAGUCUUUUCCUCCAGUGACGUAAUUUCAGCCUGGUGCGACACUGGGCAGUGUGGGCGUCAACCACCUUCGUAAAAGGGUGAGGCUCAACCAGUAACGGAAGCGUGUGAGUAAAGGUUCAUGGAGUAGCCAUUGGCUAGCGCAAGUUUGUUUUGAUGGACGUCGCUCAUAUGCGAAUCAGAGACGAGAGAUUAUUGUAGGCGGUGAUUAGGUGAUGAAGGCGUGUCUUACUUGAUGGACAAGAGGACUGGCCUAUAAAACAGUUGGGGGCGUACAUAUUCAAUUAUUACUUCACCCAAUCGCGUUCCCGAAAGGGGUAUAAAAGGCCGGGCGGAUGCACUGCGUCGCCAUUUCGCUGAAACAGUGAGCUGGAGGAGGACGGGGCAGACUGCAAAGGGAAGUGCUGGAACUUGAGAGAAAUUGGGUCUUUUAAAAGAAUCCGGAUCCAUCCUGAUGGAGACGGCCCUAAAUCCACCCCUUGACAGGCUGGUGUCUGAUGGCAGCAUCUCUCUAAGCGGGAGUGCAGGCACACAGGAAGUCAUUGGCAUGGAGCACGGCCUGUCGGGUCCAGGCAAACGCAUUCGCAAGCCAUCGCUGCUGUACGAGGGGUUUGAAGGCCCAGCGCUACCCCACGCGCCUCCUGCGGGGCCCCCAGCGCCGCCUGUACGAGAUCCCAGCCGCCAAGGCCGGCUCACCAAUCAGCUGCAGUUCCUACAGAAGGCCGUGGUGAAGUCGCUAUGGAAGCACCACUUUGCCUGGCCCUUUCACGAGCCGGUGGAUGCGGUCAAGCUCAACCUGCCGGACUACCAUAAGAUUAUCAAACAACCGAUGGACAUGGGCACCAUUAAGAAGCGACUGGAGAACAACUACUACCGCAGUGCUAGCGAGUGCCUGCAGGAUUUCAACACCAUGUUCACCAACUGCUACAUCUACAACAAGCCCACAGAUGACAUUGUGCUGAUGGCACAGUCUCUGGAGAAGGCUUUCCUGCAGAAAGUUGCCCAGAUGCCCCAGGAAGAGAUUGAGCUCCCUCCUCCUGCGCCACGGGGCAAACCUGGCAAACCACCCAAAGGCCGUAGGGCAACCGUUCCAGGAGGCGUGACCACUGCCCACCAGGUCCCAGCUGUUUCCUCUGUCUCCCAGUCAGUGUAUUCACCCCCGACCCCUGACACACCAGACUCGCUGCUUUCCACUCCCCCACAGACGUUGCUGACCCACAAAGGCAUGCUGGGGCUGCCCCCCACCCAGCCCACUGCUAAGAAAAAAGGUGUCAAACGGAAAGCUGACACGACCACGCCCUCAACCGUGGCCUUGCCCCUAACUGUGGGGGUUGGUGGGAUGGGAAUGGGCCUGGGCAGCGGCGGCGAUUCCCCUCUAACGCUGUCUUCACUGGGGGCUGAGCUGACAGCAAGCGGACAGGUCCUGCUUCAGCCUGCCAUGGCUGCGAAGAUCCCGGCACGGCGGCGAGAGAGUGGUCGGCCCAUUAAACCUCCUCGCAAGGAGCUUCCCGACUCUCAGCUGCAGCACCAGCCAUCACGGCGUGGCAAGCUGAGCCCCCAGCUUCGCUACUGCAGUGGGGUGCUGAAGGAACUGCUGUCCAAGAAGCAUGCAGCUUACGCUUGGCCUUUCUACAAGCCUGUGGAUGCUUCCUCUCUGGGGCUGCAUGACUACCAUGACAUCAUCAAGCACCCCAUGGACCUGAGCACCAUUAAGAGGAAGAUGGACAACCGCGAAUACAGGGACGCACAGCAGUUUGCUGCUGAUGUCAGGCUCAUGUUCUCCAACUGCUACAAGUAUAAUCCCCCCGAUCAUGAUGUGGUGGCCAUGGCCCGCAAAUUACAGGAUGUCUUCGAGUUCCGCUUCGCUAAAAUGCCAGACGAACCUGUGGAGGAGACCACCACGGCUCUCGGGGGAGGGAUGAGCUUGUCAACAGGACACUCCAGCUCGUCGUCGUCCUCGGAAAGCGAGCCCAGCAGUGACAGCGAGAGCGAGAGCAGCCCCAGCUCAGACAGCGAGGUAGAGCGUGCACACCGCCUGGCUGAGCUGCAGGAACAGGUGUGUACUCAGCUAAGAGCUGUGCAUGAGCAGCUAGCAGUGCUGUCCCAGGCCCCCAUUGUCAAGCCAAAGAAGAAGCGGGAGAAGAAGGAGAAGAAGAAAAAGAAGAAGCCCGAGAGACACCGAGGGGGUCGGGAAGACAGUGCCAGCGAGCGGCCUGCCAAGGUCGCCAAGACCUCCAAAAGCAAGUCGAGCCGGGCUGCACCCACCUCCACACAGAGCAAGAAGGGCACAACUAAGAAGAGCAGUAAAAGCAGGUCCUCCAAGAAAUCCCAGUCUGCAUCAUCGGCCACCCACCCGUCCUUCACCGGAGUGAUGCAGAACUACGACUCGGAGGAAGAGGAGGAGUGCCGUCCCAUGACGUACGAUGAGAAGCGGCAGCUGAGCCUGGAUAUCAAUAAAUUGCCUGGUGAGAAGCUGGGGCGUGUGGUGCACAUCAUCCAGUCCCGUGAGCCCUCACUGCGUGAUUCCAAUCCUGAGGAGAUUGAGAUAGACUUUGAGACACUGAAGCCAUCCACGCUUCGCGAACUGGAGCGCUACGUCAUGAUGUGCCUGCGCAAGAAGCCCCGCAAGCCCUAUGUGAUGAAGAAGGCAAGCAGCGGGAAGUCUCGUGAGGAACUGGCUCUGGAGAAGAAGCGAGAGCUGGAGAGAAGGUUACAGGAUGUCAGCGGGCAGCUGAACUCGGCCAAGAAACCAGCAAAGCCCAAGGUGGAGAAGCCCAGUGCCGUGGAGCCUCACGCAGUUGCUUCCCGGCUGACUGACAGCAGCUCCAGCUCUGACUCCUCCACCUCUUCCUCCUCCUCCUCAUCCUCCUCUGACACCAGCGAUUCUGAUUCUGGGUGAGGGCAACCCAUAGGGAGAUGAGGGCCUCGGAGACCUUGCGCGGAAUCAGAGCCAGUGGCCAACUGUACAGAGAAUGGAAAGAGGCUGGGACUUGGCUGUCUGGUUGAGAGGACUUUGGGAGAAGGAGGGUGGGGCUGGGGCAUGGGCCAGCUGCCCUGUACCCAGAGGGGCACCCCCUCCUUUCCAGGAACGAGAGGAAUACUCUCAUGUGGGAGGAUUUGCCCCCAGACACUCCAGGUGCAAAGGUGCAGAGCAACAGCAGAUGCCCACAUGCAGUCAGUUCCACUUGAGACACUCCUCCUUGCUCAUAUUCCUCUUUUUGCUGUGUAAAUAUAUGUACAAAUACAUAAAUGUCUAUUUUUCUUUUAUAAAGAAGAAUUUUAAGAGGUCCCUGGAGAGGGAGGAAUGGAAGUGAGUGUGGCAGGAAGGAGAACUCAGUUUGGUUUUGCCCUUUUGUCGUUAUGGGAAAGAUGCAUGCAAAAGAGAUACAAAAUUAUUUUUUGUGUGUAUUUGUUUGUGUCAGAUGGAUCAUAACCUUGGGUCAGAAAUAUAAAUUGCAAAUUUAUAAACUGAUGUGAUGUAGAAAUCCAUGAGCCUGAGUGUUAAAUCUGAGGCUGUGGAUCUGGUUUCAGGCUUGCUCAUGCUGGGUGGAGGUGCUUUUGAUUUCGUUUUUUUGGAGGGGUGGGGGGUGCCUCUACUGUCUGCUGGUUUCUGUUUUACAGAGUCACAGACAGGCCAAGCCAACCAGCUGAGCCAUCCAAACACACUCAGUCACACACGCACACACGUGUGCGCAUUAUAGUUCUCCCUUUUCAUGCCAGACUUGACCUGGACCACGUUUCGGAUUAACCGAUUGUCCUUAAGCUCAAUUGGACAUACAAGCAUGUCUGGGUGUGGCCCGGCAACAGGGCAGACUGAUGCUGCAGAGGGGGCUUGUUCUGUUUUUCAUGAUCCGUUGUGUCUGUAGUCUUUUUUCAUAACUGCAGGUGGAGUUCUGUCUUAAUUUGUUGCCGUGACCUUCAGAAAGAGUCAUUAGUCCUUUGUGUCCAUUUUACUCCUCCGUGUCAGACUGGGGCAGUCGGUGAUCUGUGAUUGGAACACGUUCUCACAGUCUGAGCCCAGAUGUGGUGCUGGAGCGCUGUCCUGUUUAUUAAAACCACUUCUCUCUACACUUUGUUCUUGUGUCAAUGUUUUUCCUGCUUUUGUUCUCAACUAAGAUCUUGUGCCGCCACUGAAACCUGUUCUUUACCUCGUCAUUGCCGUAGGUAUAAGUGUUUGCCUUUACUGAAGAAAGAGCCCUGUUGCUUUACCAAAACAAUGAAAAUGCACUGAAGGAGGAGGGUAGAGCAGGAAUGAGGGGCAAAUGAACUUUUUUUUUUUUAAAAAAAAAAAAAAAAAAAAAACCUCUUU